UUGGGAAGAGGCAGGUGGCUUAGGGAAAGAGAGAGCUGCAUUUUUUGUAUUUUCGUUUCGUUUCAAUUAUUAUUUUUGAUUACAAUUUAUCUGACUUGAUCUAUAAAAUUAUAUAUUUUUAAAAUCCUAUAAAUAUGAAGACGCAGCAGCCAAAGUCAAAGCUAAGGUCAAAGAUGCAGCAGCAGGAGGAAGAGCCAGAGUCACCCACUUCUGUUUAUAGCGACUAUGAAGAGCAAGACGAGGAUCAGCAGCAAGAGCAAGACGAGGAGCAGGAGCAGGAGCAGGAGCAGGAGCAGGAGCAGGAGCAGGAGCAGGACCAGGACCAGGACCAGGACCAGGACCAGGAUCAGGAUCAGGAGCAAGAGCAGGAGGACGAGUAUGAAGAGGACCAGGAGCAGCAAGAGGACGACAACGAGGAGGAAGUAGAUAGUGCUGCUGAAGAAGAGGUUGAAGAAGCUAACGAAGAGGCUGAAGCUCAAGUUGAAGACGAAGCUGAGGAAGAGGCUGAUGAGCAGGCCGAAGCUGAUGAGCAGGCCGAUGCUCAAGAGGAGGCCGAUGAGCAAGUCGACGAGCAGCACCAACAUCAGCAAGAUGAAGAGAUGCUCGAUACCCCUGCUUUGGUUUCCCCACGCGCCGAGGCGUCUAACAGCGUCAACAUGGAUGACGCGCUGGCCAAGGCGCGCGCUAUCGCCCUGAAGCUGGGCUCGAUUCAGAACCCUCCUCUCUCUGCGCCUCUGUCCGCCUCCCUCGUGUCGCCGCGCCCUGAGGACACGUCCGAUGCGCACCACCGCCACCGCCGCAGCGCAUCGCCUCCAGCGGAUCUGACCAGGCAUCGGUCAUACGACAGUGAGUCGCGCGUGCCGCCACCGCCCCAGCGCGGACACAAGCGCGAGCGCUCGCCCUCCCAUGAGCACCGCAGCAGUGGCGCUGUGGAUUCACGGAGGGAGAGCCGCAGAAGGCUGGAUUCGCUGGAGGAAGGGGGAAGGUCGCCUGAGGCGCUUCCAGUUCUGGAGUUCGCUAUUCCCAUGGCGCUUGUCGGCUUGGUCAUUGGCCGCCAGGGCGCUAAUAUGCGGUCAAUCGAGGUGCGCCACGGCGUGCGUAUCCAGCUGAGCACACAGUUUGACCGCCGCGAUGCCGAGCGCAAGGUUACCGUGCAGGGCGUCCAGCAGGCAGCUGAGGCAGCGCGCAUGGAUAUUUUGGAUUUUGUUGAGGGCCACAAGUUCAAGCUUCAGGAGCAAGGCCAGGACCAGGCCCAGGACCAGGGUCAGGGCAUGGGCCAUGGUCAGGCUCCUAGGCAGCCGAUGUCGCCCCCUGGUGCAUACAGCGCGGGGCCGGCGAGCCCUUCGGGUAUGACCACCAUUAUGGUGCCCAGUUCUAAGGUCGGCCUGAUCAUCGGCAGGGGCGGCGAGAGCAUCCGCGAUAUCCAGCAAUCAUCGGGCGCUCGUGUGCAGGUGCAGCCGGACAACGGCCGGGGCGCGCCCGAGAGACCUAUCCAAUUGAUCGGUCUACCCGACCAGAUCGAGUACGCGCGCGUGCGCAUUAUGGAGAUUGUCAACUCGGAGCGUCCCGUUGGCAUUGGCGGCGGCGGCAAUGGUGUUGCCCCCGGUGGCUACCAGCAGCGACAGGAGUAUGCUCCGCAGAAUCAGGCGCAGGGAUUUGGUGCGCCGAGACAUGCCCAGCAGCAGUCCUACGGUAUGCUUCCGCCCCAGCAGCAGCAGCAGCAGGAUAGGUAUGGUGGGGCAGCGGGACCGAUGGCUUCGGCUAUGCAGUCGAUGGCACCGCCGGCUCAUGUUGAGGAGAUGCAGAUUCCUGCUGAGGCUGUGGGGAUUGUCAUUGGGAGAGGUGGUGAGAGUAUUAAGCUUUUGCAGCAGACUUCGGGCGCCCGGAUUCAGAUCAUUCAGGGCCAGGACCGUAGUGCUCCAUUCAAGCCGGUUACCAUCUCUGGAGACCAUGCCGCUUGCAUGCGUGCCCGGAGGAUGAUUGAGGAAAAGGUUGACAGCUUACAGGAAAGAGCACCUGUUGCUGCAGGAUUUGCCGGUGGCCGUUCUACUCAAUAUGGCACUGCACCAUCAUCUGGCUACGACCAGCCGCAGCGCAGAUCGGCCCAUUCGUAUAGCGGAGGCAGUUACGCCCAGCAGCAGCAGCAACCGUCGGCAGCGGUGGGUGGUGCUUAUAGCGGAUACGCGUCUGAACAACCCCAGCAAUUCUACGGCGCCCAGCAGGCUCAAUCUCAGCAGGCUCAGCAGCAGAUUAAUGCAGCACCUGCCGCGCAAUACACUGCUUCGAGGUACCAACAGACAGGGUACCAGCCCCAGGCUCAGGCUCAGGCUCAGGCUCAAACACAGGGUCAGGCACAGGUAUCUGGCGAUCAGCAGGCUACUCAAUGGACUAACCAACAAACAGCCGAUUAUUAUUCUCAGUAUGCAUCUACUAGUCCGGAGUAUGCUCAGUACGCUGAGUAUUAUCGUAAAUUGGCUGAGAAGGAUCCCAAUGGCAUUGUUCCUUCUGACAACUAAGAAAAAAAUUGUUUGUAAUUGUUUU